AUGGCGGACAACACGGUGCCCAUUCCACAGCCCCCAGGGCUGCCGCUUCUGGGGAAUAUCAAUGAUAUCAACCCUGAGUUCCCCCUCGGAUCCAUGAUCAACAUGGCAGACAAAUACGGUGAAAUUUAUCGCCUGAGUCUUCCGGGCAGAAGUGUAGUCGUCGUUUCUACGCAGGCACUGGUCAACGAGGUCUGUAACGAGAAGCGCUUCAAGAAGGAUGUCGCCAGGGUUCUGGAGGAGGUGAGGGCCGGCGUCCACGACGGGCUGUUCACGGCACACGCCGAUGAGCCCAACUGGGGCAUUGCCCACAGGGUCCUCAUGCCCGCUUUCGGCCCAAUGAACAUCCAGGCCAUGUUUCCUGAGAUGCACGAUAUUGCCAACCAAUUGGCCAUGAAGUGGGCUCGUCACGGUCCAAGCCAGCCCAUCAUGGUCACCGACGAGUUCACGAGGCUAACUCUUGACACCCUGGCCCUGUGCUCCAUGGAUUACAGGUUUAACUCGUUCUAUCAUGACGAGAUGCACCCAUUUAUUGAGGCCAUGGGGGAUUUCCUGGUUGAGUCGGGCAACAAGACGAGACGCCCACCCUACACAUCUAUCUUCUACCGCGAGGCCGACCGCAAGUACGAGCGGGACAUCGAGAUUCUGAGGAAAACGGCAGACGACGUGCUCAAGGCCAGGAAGGAGAACCCUACCGACCGGAAGGAUCUCUUGAAUGCGAUGUUGAACGGGGCGGACCCCAAGACCGGGCAGAAGAUGUCUGACCAGUCCAUCACGGACAACCUCAUCACAUUCUUAAUCGCUGGCCACGAGACCACUUCAGGAAUGCUGUCAUUUGCGUUCUACAACCUGCUCAAGAACCCCGAGACAUACCGAAAGGCUCAAGAGGAAGUGGAUGAGGUUGUCGGGGCCGGACCCAUCACCGUCGACCAGGUCAAAAAGCUCCAAUACAUCCAGGCUGUUUUGAGGGAAACACUGCGACUUACUGCGACCAUCCCUACCAUCUCGGUAAAACCACUUCAAGAUACAGUACUUGGCGGCAAGUACGCAGUCGGCGCCCACGAGUCCAUCGCGCUCUUGGUCGCCAAGUCUCAAGUCGAUCCCGCCGUCUUCGGCGAGACUGCCCAGGACUUUAUCCCCGACAGGAUGCUUGAGGACAACUUCAACCGCCUGAACAGGGAAUUCCCCAACGCCUGGAAGCCAUUUGGAAACGGCAUGCGGGCUUGUAUUGGACGGCCAUUUGCUUGGCAAGAGGCCGUUCUAGUGAUGGCGAUGUUGUUGCAGAACUUCAACUUCAUGCCAGACGACCCCAACUAUCACCUCAGCAUCAAGCAGACGCUUACCAUCAAGCCCAAGGACUUCCUCAUGCGGGCUACACUGCGCCACGGCCUUACUCCGACGCAGCUGGAGCACCGUCUCAACGGAACCACUGCACCCCCGACCCCCCUCGAGAGCUCGGUGGCUAGUCUGUCAUUGCAGCCAGGCGCGAAGGGCAAGCCGAUGGCCAUCUACUUCGGGUCGAACAGCGGCACCUGCGAGGCUCUAGCUCAAAGACUUGCCUCGGACGCGCCGAGCCACGGCUUCAGCGCCGCAGUGGUUGAUUCCCUUGACGCCGCAAACCAGAAUUUACCCACCGACAGACCUGUUGCCAUCAUCACCGCUUCAUACGAAGGCGAACCACCAGACAACGCAGCUCUGUUCUGCAACUGGAUCCAGGGCCUCAAGGGCAACGAGCUGGAGAACGUAUCGUAUGCGGUUUUCGGCUGCGGCCACCAUGACUGGUCCUCGACCUUCCACAAGAUCCCGAAGAUGUGUGAUGCAACAAUCGAAAAGUUUGGUGGAUCGAGAAUAGCGCCUCUGGGAGUAGCUGACGCUGCAGAUGGUGACAUGUUCACCAAAUUUGAGUCCUGGGAGGAUGAGGUCUUCUGGCCCGCGAUGAAGGAAAAGUACGGAAUUGAUGCGGACGGACAGGAUGGAGAAGGCCUUCAAGGCGGACUCUCGGUCGAAAUCUCGACGCCUCGAUCUUCCACCCUUCGCCAAGACGUCAAGGAGGCUGUCGUUGUCGACGCCCACAAUCUCACCUCCCCCGAGGCUCCCACGAAGAAGCACAUUGAGAUUCAGCUGCCCAGCGACAUGUCGUACUCAGCAGGCGACUACCUGGCAAUCCUUCCUAUUAACCCGAAGGAGAUUGUGCACCGAGCAUUGCGUCGCUUCCAGCUGCCGUGGGACGCCCACAUCACCAUCAGUAGUCAGAGCCAGACGACCCUGCCCACCGGCUCAUCCGUCCCAGCAUCUGACGUUCUCGGUGCCUAUGUCGAGUUAGCUCAACCAGCGACGAAGCGCAGCGUUGCCGCCUUGACGGAGGCUACCAAGGAUGAAGAGACCAAGACCGCGCUCCAGAACUUGGGCGGUGACAACUACCUCUCUGAAGUUGGUGCAAAGCGAGUCUCAGUCCUCGACCUUUUGGAGAAGUUCCCGAAAGUCGAGCUCCCCUUCGCCACCUUUCUCUCUCUCCUCCCUCCCAUGCGCGUCCGCCAGUACUCCAUCUCAUCAUCGCCGCUGUGGAACCCCAACCACCUGACCCUGACCUACGCCGUCCUGGACGCCCCGGCCCUGUCCGGCAACGGUCAGCGCUACGUUGGCGUCGCCACAAGCUACCUGGCCAGCCUCGAGGUGGGCGACAAGCUCCACGUGGCAAUCAGGCCGUCGCACGCGAGCUUCCACCUGCCGGUGGACAGCGAGAGGACGCCGGUGCUGUGCAUCGCGGCAGGAUCCGGGCUUGCUCCCUUCCGCGGUUUCGUCCAGGAGCGGGCUGCCAUGCUCGGGGCCGGCAGGAAGCUCGCGCCCGCGAUCCUCUUCUUCGGCUGCCGCAACCCGGGGCAGGAUGAUCUGUACCGCGAGGAGCUGGACAAGUGGGAGGCGGCCGGCGCGGUGUCCGUGCGCCGCGCGUACAGCCGGCAGCCCGACGCCAGCGAGGGCUGCGCCCACGUGCAGGACCGGCUGUGGCACGACCGCAGGGAGGUGCAGGCGCUGUGGGAGCAGGGCGGCAAGGUCUUCGUGUGCGGUAGCCGCGGCGUGGGCGACGCCGUGCGCGAGGUGGGUAUCAAGAUGUACGUGGAUGCCGCCAAGGAGCAUCACGGGAAGGACAUGACCGCCGAGGAGGCGAUGGAGAGGUUCGCCGCGGUGAGGAACGAGAGGUACGCCACCGACGUAUUUGACUAA